GGCGUUGUCCCUCUCCCACUGUCAACCACUCUGCUGUAUCUCUAUCAUCUGCUAAUCUGAGGAAUAUAUCUCGUCUACCUCUGACCAUCUGGUCGAGUCACCCUCUCACCCCUUGAUGGCCGCCCUCACCCGCACGCGCACCAUAUAUGCCGAUGUCGCGCUCUCCUCUCGCUCUGGGUCCGAAAGGGGCUCAGAUUCAGCUCGCUCCCUGCAUUCCAUCCGCACGCUGUCCGAUCCCGGCUGGGCCGGUGAACUGGGAGCACCCCUGACGCGCAUGGGCCCCCAGUUGAUGCGUUUGACGAGGAUAGGAUAUCUGGGACCGGUGAUGGGUGCUGUUGGCGCUGGGAAUUGGAAAAGCGGUACUGGGAGUGUGAGGAGCGAUACGGCUUUCAGCUGGGGUCCGAUUGACGGCGAAGGGUCAGAUGAAGGGGAGGUGAUGGACCUCGAUAUGAGGGACCACCUCGAUACCAGUGCUGACGACGCUGGGGACGAACUCGACGACGGUGCGGACGAAGAUGAACAGGAGGCAUACCAGGAUGGGGGGGACGUCUUCCUCGUCCAGGUUCGAGAACGCGAGCUGGACCCCCACUCGCCAGAAUUCACCUCCAAGCUUCUGGACGUAAUGGACGGCGCACGCCCUAGUCGGGUGGCUUGUUGUACUCGGGAUAUCGUCACACUUGGAAGGGAGGAGGGGCCGGAUAGCCCGGGGCAUGUCGGGCAUUUGCCAGACCAGGAUUCCUUUGUCGAGCUCCUUACGGACCAAGACGACUAUUGUUGGACCGACAGCACCGGCGAACCCACAUGGGUCCAUUUCCUCCCUUCGCACCAGGACGAUCCUCUCCUGCUCGUUAAACGCCUCUCCUUAAGCUGCAGAGAAGCUGUACUGCUCAGGAUGCUAGCAGGCGAGAGGAGGCGGUAUCAUCCCGACAACCCAGUGAGCGAGGGCUUAGGUUUACUGGUGCGGGAAGGGUGGGCAUGGGUUUGCGUUGAAGAGAAGGCAGAUGUUGCGGGCUUGUAUUUGGCCGAGAGGGAGGAAGGGAAAAUGAAAGAAUGGGGAUCGGAGAAGAGCAACCUAAUGCAUCAGAUGCUUCGUUACGUCGUCUACCUCCACUCGCUGUGUAUCACCUGCCUCGAUCUCUCGCCGCAGAAUAUACUGGUCACCGAACACGCCUAUGGCAACAUCUACGAGCUGCUGGACUUCUCAUCUUCUCAUCGGCUGACUGCUGCUUCCGCUCCAGCUGGAGCGACACCGGUAUUCGAUUGGCCUCAGGAAAGCAGGGGGGCACCUGAGCUGGCUAUUCGCAAGGGCGCCGACGAAGAGGGUGAAGAAGAGGAAAAGGAAAAGGAAGAGACUGAAACGAACCCGUUCGAUGUUGACGUUUGGGCACUGGGGCAGACGUUUGCAGCGAUUGACUACUCCGACACCAUCCUCUCCCCCGUAGUAGAGCGCAUGCUCUCCUCCGACCCGGAUCUGCGCCCCAGCGCUCAGGACGCAUUGCAGCAAUAUGCUGAGCUGAUGGGCGAGGGAUAACGCCUGCCGCACCUUGACGGAGCUCUAGGUGCAACUUGUAUGAUAUGACAUUCUCUUUCGCUUUUUGGGCAUUUGGGCGACAAGUUUGGGCAUCCGGUAUAUGCGCAAGGAAAUGGGACGACGGCUGGCUGGGCUAUAUGAUUAUUUUGAA